GUGGGAGAGUGUUAGAGACACUGGUAACAUUACAGACCCGUGCCCGGACACCUUCUAUACCAUUAUCUGGGGUAUUGUGUUGGAGUAUUGUUUCUAAUCUUAGUAACAUUAUCUAUUGUUUUGAUAUAUAUUUUUAAAGUGUUUUCAUAUAUAUCUAAUCAUGGGAUUCGUUCGGAGAAAGAAGGAGAAAAAAGAUCCCAAUAGGCCUAUAUACGGCUUACUGAUCCGAAACUUUUCCUCGUCCGAGGGAAGUGACGAAAGUGCAGACGAGGACGUACAGAAGGAUACGCCUAAGGAAGAUCAAUGUAUCAAAGAUGAGGAUAAUUCUCUAAAAGAUGAAGACCAAAGUCAAGAUCAGUCUAAAGAGGUUGUAGUUCACAGUCAAUCUCACAGAGGUCAUGGUCACAGUCACUCUCACAAAGGUCAUGGCCACAGUCAUGGUGACGGAGAAGGGUGCCCAAUCCACGAUCACGACUUUGAUUAUUUCAAGAAAAAGGUGGAAGAAGAUAUACAAAAACAACGGAAUAAAAAGAAGAAAAGUUUCCUCAGUUGGAAGGAGCAAGUGAAGGAAAAUGAAAAACCUUGUAGUAAAGAAGAAUAUUCCAUCGCAAAGCAUUUGCGUUUCAACUGUCCAAGUAGAGAUGCCAAAUUUAUUCCUAUGGGAACUGUUGUCAAGACAUUUGUUGCAUCAGAUGCAAUUGACUUGCUGCUGAAAUCAAAAUGGGCCCAACCGAGCAAGAGUGAUAUUUUAUUGUCAGACAGGAAAUCUUGUGAGAGAUUCUGUGAAAGAUUGUUACAGAAGGGAUUGUUCCAUCGAGCGCUCAAAUUAGAAAGACGGAAAGAUAAAAUUCUUGACAAAAAGAAGAAAAAGAAGAAGGCAGAUGAAUUGGAAAUUGAGGAAGAUAAGGAUAAGAAGAUCACGAAAAAAGACAAAAAAAGUAAGAAAGACAAAGCAAUAGAAGAGAAAGAAACAGAGGAAAAAGAGGAAGAAAAAAGUGAUGACAAAAGCAAGCAAGAAGAAAAGAAGGAUGAGGAAAAGAAGAAAGAUGAUGAUAAGAAGAAGAAAGAAAGGAAAUUAAAAGUUGACAUGCACGACGAUCAGGUUUUCUUAGAUGGAAACGAUGUGUACGUGUGGAUCUACGAUCCUGUUCCAGCGAAGACCUUCGUUAUUGGUCUGUUAAUGGUGGUGGGAGCCGCAGCUCUGUGUGUAUUCCCUCUGUGGCCAGACGAGUUGCGGGUCGGUGUGUACUACUGCAGUUUAGCCGGGGCCAGUUUUGUUGGAUUUAUCUUAUUCCUCGUAUUAGUUCGGUUCCUACUUUUUUGUGUCAUCUGGAUUGUGACUGUUGGAAAAAUUCAUUUUUGGUUUUUACCAAAUCUGACAGAAGAUGUUGGAUUUUUCGAUUCUUUCAAACCUUUGUAUAAGUGUGACAUGUACAGCGGGAAAGAGGAGGAAGAUGAUGAUGCAAAGAAGAAAAAGAAGGAUAAAAAACAGAAAAAGGAAAAAGAAGUCCAGGAAAAACAGGAAGCACAGGAGCAAGGAUUUGAGCUAGUGCAAAAGGAGGAUGUAGAGGAAAAUGUAGAUGAAAGUGAAAAGAAAAUAUCAGAGGAUGAGAAAGAGGUUGAUGAAGAUGAAGAAGAGGAAAUUGAUGAAGAAGAUGUUGAUGAACAUGAAUAUGAAAGUAAAAAAGAAAAAUGAUACUUUACUUUAAUUUACAAACAAGAUAUUUUAAAAGUUUGUCAAAACAUUUUAGUUUACAGUUAAUUAUUAUGGUACAAUGUGCUGUUAUCUGCCUGCCAGUCAGGCGUCUAGUCCUCAGAUAAACCCGUACCGACAUCCGAUCAGCAAACACUAAAUAGUAUUCUAGUUUUUUCACAUAUCAUGUUUUUGCUUUUGUGUAAAUUUGAAUAUUUGCAGGUGUUGUAUGAAUAUACAAUUUCAAAUGUAUCAUUAUCACCCAAUAUCUUUUAUUUCAUCCUUUUUUUGGCAAAUUUUGUGAAAUCUAUGACUAUUUUUUUUUUAUCUUUAGAAAAUUAUACAGAAUUAUCUCCCUUGUAUUGCUGAAAUUCUCAUGGAGGAUAUUUCAUCAUGUUUUUAUCUCCAGUGCUUCUGUCAUUUUUGGAGAGAAACAAAACAAGUCAUUUAUGAUAACAGUCAUGUGUAUGGGAACAUUUACGUGUAUCCCAAAUGAAAUAAUAUCAGGAUUUUACAAUCCAGGCAGAGGCAUUAUGUAAAAAUAAAAUGGUGGAUGGUUCAUGUGAACGAUGAUUUUGAUAUGUUGAUGAGCUUGAUAAUUAAUGAUAAACAUGGGCUCUCCGAAAAUAAAGCCAGUGCUAAGUUGAGCUUGUUAAGUUGUAGAUGAUAUUGGGAGUUAUUCAGAUCUGAUGCUAGACGUUCUCCAGGAUUGUACGAUAACUUUUACCAAAAGUUCGGAGGAGGUAUUUUUUUUUAGCAGUUAAUACAAGACAUCAGGAAAAAACAUUGAUACUUUGAUCAAUUUUUCUUCCCAUAGCUUCUCUGGGAACGAAUAACUUUUUGUGUUAUCAUAUUUUAUUCUUGAUUAAAUCUUGAUGAAUUUGGUAAGAUGCUCUCUUUUCAGAAAUUGACAAAAUCAAAUCGAAAUAAAAUGUAGUGUGAUAAAGAAAAUGUAUCAUAUCAUUGAACAGGAUACCUAAAAGCAGAAGUUUGUAUCUCCACAGAAUUGUUGAACAUUCUAGCAACAAUGACAUUUCUUGGAUUUUGUCACACCUGUCUUCUGACUUGUCAAUUUUAUCCUGUAUAAAUACGUGCAGUCCGUGGAAUUGUUUAUUACAAGUAAGGAUAUAUCUGAAGUAUACUAGUACAUAUAACGUCCCAGAUGUUGUAAUGAGGACAAUAAAUAUAUGGCAAAAUAUUCACAAUAUGCCAAACAUUUCUAUUCCUUAUCAGCUAAUGCCUUGGGAAAAAUUAGUUUGAAUCUUCGAUAUUUUAUAUGUUUUCGUUAAUUGUGGCUUUGAUUUGUUGGACCAAAAAGGUUGUUUGUUUUUAAAUAAAGGUCAAUGGACCAUGUGAUCUUAUUCAUUUCCUGGAAAGCCUCGACCAAGACUAUCGGUGCCUGCCCCAUGUCAUCAGGAUUUGAUUCGGUUGCAAUUCAUAAUUAACUAUAUGACCUACUCUUAUUUCUUUCUCAAAAAUCCUUCAAAUUGGCAAUACAGUAAUGAAAUGGGUGUUCCUUAAUCAGGAAGUUAAAUGUUGAUGGCACUGUUUUUUAUCAGAAACCAGAAUUUGAAAACUCAAGAGUUUUGAAAAGUGUAACUCAAAUGGUAGAUGUUGUCAAAUGAUUCAACGUGUUUUAUGGUGGCAGAUAUUUGUGUUUUUUGUUUCUUGGUUUGGAACCAUUAGAGAGAAGUCAUGAGGAUGCAGAUGGACUGAUGUGCCAGGUUGUGUUCAUUUAAACUAGAAAGUUUUCAUUGAUAAAGUUACUGAAUUAUCAUAGCUAUAUAGUUGUUGAUGUAAAUCUGUUAUAAUAAUUGUUUGUUAAAAGUUUUUGUGGCAUGAAAUUACUGAUGUUCAGAAGAAUUUCUAGUUUCUUUGUUGUUGAAUUUUUCGGGUUUCUCUGGUUCAAUAGAUAUCAUGCAUUGCAAUUGUCAUCAUAGGAAAUCUAAGAUGCAUUGUGUUCAAGUAAAUAAUUAAGGUUUUAUGAUACAGCACAGCCAACUGCCAACUGUUAAGAAAAAGUUAAAAGUUUUAAAAUAUCCUGAACAAUUUUAAAUGAAUAUUCUCUCUGUGUAUUAUAUACAACUAUGGGCUUUACUUAAGCUUCUGUUGAAAUAGCAUUUAGGGGCUUUAAAACAUGUAAAAUGACAUUUAGGGGGUUUAAUACAUGUAAAGGUUUAAAACAUGUAAAAUGAUGUUUAGGGGGUUAAAAACAUGUAAAAUGACGUUUAGGGGGUUUAAAACAUGUAAAUGACAUUUAGGGGGUUUAAAACAUGUAAAAUGACAUUUAGGGGGUUUAAAACGUGUCAAAUGACAUAUAGGGGGUUUAAAACAUGUAAAAUGACAUUUAGGGGGUUUAAAACAUGUAAAAUGAUGUUUAGGGGGUUAAAAACAUGUAAAAUGACGUUUAGGGGGUUUAAAACAUGUAAAAUGACAUUUAGGGGGUUUAAAACAUGUAAAUGACAUUUAGGGGGUUUAAAACAUGUAAAAUGACAUUUAGGGGGUUUAAUACAUGUAAAGGUUUAAAACAUGUAAAAUGACAUUUAAGGGGUUUAAAACAUGUAAAAUGACAUUUAGAGGGUUUAAAACGUGUCAAAUGACAUUUAGGGGGUUUAAAACGUGUCAAAUGACAUUUAGGGGGUUUAAUACAUGUAAAAUGACCACAAGGAGCAUUGCCAUAUUAUAUCAUUGUUUCAGUGCUGGCUCAUGUAUAUUGUCAUGUUGUCUUGUCACUGAAAAAUAAAUAUUUACGAAAUUGUAAUAUGUUAAGGAUUUGAAUAAAGAGUCUGUUAUAGAAGAUCA